AUGCCCAGUUUGUAUGAACUUAAAAGUUUAUACAUACCUAGCAUUCACCACAUCCGAUCAUGGUUUGCUGACUGCGUCACAGGAGAAGCACUUCUCACGACGAAGCCAGUGCUGGACGAUGCAAUAGGAGGGGUUUACAAGUCGCUACACCCUGCGAAGAUGGUGGUCGCCGACUUAGGUUGCUCCUCGGGCUCCAACACUUUCGUGGUGAUGUCCGAGGUGCUCGACGUCGUCGGCGACCUACGACGAAGUCUGCAGGAACGUCAGGAGCCACCGGAGAUCCAGUUCUUCUUAAAUGACCUUCCGGGGAACGACUUCAAUCACGUUUUCCGGUGUCUGGGCGAGUACAAGAGGAAGGUCGAGCAAGAGAAGGGGAAUCUGCUGGUGCCCUACUACGUGGUGGGAGUGCCGGGCUCCUUCUACGGCAGGCUUUUCCCACGUCGGAGCGUCCACUUCUUCCACUGUUCUGGAUCUCUCAACUGGCUCUCUCAGGUUCCUCAAGGACUCGACACCGAACGGGGUGCUUCACUCAACAACACGAACAUCUACAUUACAGAGACAAGCCCACCGGAGGUUGUGAAAGCAUAUCAACGACAAUUCCAAAGAGACCUUUCAGAAUUUCUCAGGUGUCGGUAUGCAGAACUCAGCUACGAAGGCAGACUGGGAAUGAUAGAGGAGGACAAACUGGUAACCUUCAAUCUGCCACGUUAUGCGCCUUCCAUGGAAGAAGUGAAGGCAGUGAUCCAUGGUGAUGGUCUGUUCGAUGAAGAAGACACACAAGUUUUCGAGGCUAAUUGGGACGCGUUCGACGAUUCGGACGAUGAUUCUGCUGCAUUCGACAGUGAUCUAAGCGGCAAAAACGUGGCAAAAUACGUAAGAGCAGCGGUGCAACCAUUGAUUUCGGAGCAAUUCGGCGACGCCAUUCUCGAUGAGCUCUUCGCUAGAUAUGCAGCAAAUGUUUCGUGGCACCUCCUUCAGCAGAAAACUAAGCAUAGCGUGUUUGUCAUUUCCUUGAAGAAAAAGAAUGAAAGCCAUCUCGCUGCUGCUUGA